AUGGCUAUGAAUGGACUCCCCAGCAUAGAUAAUAUGAGCGGUGCCUGGAUAAUUGGGAUGAUCGCUCUAUCCCUCUCGAUUUCCUUCCUUGCCGCUGUUCUCUCCCCGCUCGCGCUCAUACCCAUCUCCUUUAUCCACCUUGCUCGUUUUGGGUCCCUCUGUACUUUAAGUUUGUUCUUGUCUCCUCAUCUUACUAUCGCAACGUGA